GGAAAAAAACCUGACCGAGCAACGGCGCACAGUUAUGACGCGUCACGCAGUCAAAUAGUCUGCGACACGCUUGUUUCUCUAGUGCAGUGUUCAUUUCGCGAUAAAGUUUUCACAGCAAACGUAAUUUUUGUGCUCAGACAAAAUGUCUUGCCACGACGAAGACUGCACGACAGACCACGGGCCAGCCGGUCAAUCCAAGCUGGAGAGCUUCCUGUUCAGCUGUGAGCUGUCCUCUAAAGUGCCUUUCUACACUUUCCAAGGAGAUGAAGAAGAGGACCUGGAGCAUUUCCUUGAACUCAGAACAAUUUGUCUGGGAGAGGGUGCAAAGGAGGAGAGUAAUGUGGUGGAGGUGACGGCCAUGAACCACCAAGGAAAGACUGUGUCAGUGCCCAUCGCCAACCUCCACAUCAGCUGCCUGCCCAUGGUGAGUCUGGGAGAGUUUGAGCUGAAAGCCCCAGUGACCAUUCGGCUGAAGGCUGGGACCGGACCAGUCACUGUCAGCGGGUUACACCUCAUAGCUUCAGAGGUUGAGGAGUCGGAUAACAUGUCUGAUGACGACGAUGACGAUGAAGACGAGGAGGAAGAGAUCACCCCCAUUAAACCAGCAAAGAAGAAGCAGCAGUAGAUGGAGAAGACCCUGUUAGAUCUUUGGAAUCCCCCCCCCCCCCCCCCCCCCCCCCCCCCCCUCACACGCUGAUAUGUUUUUUAUGAGACAACAUUUUUUUUCUACCGGACAGACACUCUUCUUCCUCCACACAGCCACGUAAAUUCUCAGUGUGAUGGCAGCUGGAAGCAGGAAGUGACAUCAUGACGGGCUCUUCUCCCUCUCCAUCUAACCGCGUUAAAGACACUCACUUAUAGAAGAACUGUUUUUCCUAUGAAAUGCUACAGUGAUUUAAACUGUAUGUGAUACAGUCAUGGAUUUACUGCACCAGGGAAAUGUCACUUUUUCCCACUCGUUAUGUUUAUAUAUACUGUACUUGUAAAAGUAACAGCAUUGUUUGUAUGUACUGGCCAGACGGGAAUUGUUGUCCCAGCUGAGUGGUGCAAUCAGAUGACUUGCAUAAAUUGCAGUGUAUUAAAAGAUCUUUGUAGUUCAAAACAA